AUGCUGGUAAUGCAGAUGAAGCACUUAAACUGAACAUUUUAAGGAUUUGGGAGCAAAAAAGAUCUUUUCAUUCAACAAUGGCAGGAAAAUCAUCACUUUUUAAAGUAAUUCUCCUUGGAGAUGGUGGCGUUGGGAAAAGCUCACUUAUGAAUCGAUAUGUCACUAACAAAUUUGAGAGCCAGUUAUUCCACACAAUAGGUGUGGAAUUUUUAAAUAAAGACUUGGAAGUGGAUGGACAUUUUGUAACCAUGCAGAUUUGGGACACAGCAGGUCAAGAACGCUUUAGAAGCCUGCGAACACCAUUUUACAGAGGUUCUGACUGUUGCCUUCUUACUUUCAGUGUAGAUGACUCUCAGAGUUUCCAGAACUUGGGCAACUGGAAGAAAGAAUUCAUUUACUAUGCAGAUGUCAAAGAUCCUGAAAGCUUUCCUUUUGUGAUUUUGGGUAACAAGAUUGACAUAAGUGAGAGACAAGUUUCUACAGAAGAAGCCCAGGCCUGGUGCAGGGACAACGGCAACUAUCCUUACUUUGAAACAAGUGCAAAAGAUUCCAUAAAUGUUGCAGCAGCUUUUGAGGAAGCUGUUAGAAGAAUUCUUGCUACUGAGGAUAGGUCAGAUCACUUUAUUCAGACAGAUACAGUCAAUCUUCACCGAAAGCCUAAGCCCAGUUCAUCUUGUUGUUGACUGUUAAAAAGCUUUGCCAGUACAGCUCUAACCAAGUCAUUUACAAAAUGAGUCGGGAAAUGGGAGGAAAAAGAUCAUAAGAUAAAGAUCCAGCAAGUCCAGUUCUAAUAAUAAAAUUUAAACUAAUCUAUACUGCUGCUUCAUUAGAAGGUGGAAGGGAAAUAUCCAUUCAUUGAGUAACCUAUUUACUGAAGGCACAUAACAUUUAUAAAUAAAGGUGUCUAAUAACAAUUGGUUACUUAAAUUUUAAUGUGUAACUUACAGAGCUAAUAAUAAAUCAAAUGAAUACUUUAAUUAUAAUUAAAAUUAAAACUUGAAUUUCUAGAAGCACUACGUGGGUUACUCCUCUAGAAUUCAAAUGAG